AUGAUAUUAGCUUGGUCCGGGCUAACACAACUCCUGACCGAAGACGGUUCGGGGGUGUUACAAUCCACUUUGAAGACAAAGAAGAAACUUCUUCCUUACCUUGAAGCAGCCGACCUGGAGACGUCUAGCCAAGCCGCAUCACACCAAGAAGAGUACCUUCUAGCCACACCAGAAGAGGAGAUUAACCCUGAGCUGAUCGAGUUCGUGAAGAGAGAUCAAUUCCAUGAUCUGUUUUCAGAGUAUGCACUGGAGCACAUAGAUCACUUUGACAACCUUUGUGAUUCCUAUGGAGUUUUUGACUUUGAGAAGAAGAUGAUGCUAUUCAGCACAUCACUAGCUGGACCAGCACUAGAUUGGGCGCAGCAUGAACCACCUCUACAAUCGAGUCAUGGAUCGAUUUUAGAGAAGCUUUCUUGGAAAGGAUUUGCAAGGAAACCACCUUUCAAAUCCAAGUACCACCACUACUCUCAUCAGCUGGAGAGAGAGCGUGAUGAAGAAGAAUGGGGAGGCAUACCACCUCAUCCUGAAGUUCUGAAUGAAGAGCUAAUCAAGCAUGUGGAGAGGAAUCCUUUCUACAACUCUACUUCAGAAUGUGCAAAGGAGCAUCUAUGCAACUUUGAGCAGCUUUGCCAUGACUAUGGACUUGGAGACAACCCCAAGAAGAUACAACUUUUCCAACUAUCACUAGCUGGACAAGCCAAAGAAUGGGCUAAGUUCAAUGCCCAACAUGCUUUCAAGACUUGGAAUGGAUACAAAGGAAGCUUUCCUCACAGAUUUGAAAGGGAGAGCUAUCAAGCUGCGCGCCAAACCAAGAUUGAAGAUAUGCUUCAAGAGUACUUGAGAAAUCAAGAAGAGAGUACAAAGAAGAUGGAGAGAAGAAUCGAUUUCAUCCAUGAGAGCCUUGGAAACAAAUCUGAAGUCCUAUUCAAGCAAGUGAUCAAGCUUGAUGAAGACAUUAAGAAGUUAAGAGAGGAUCAUGAUCGAUCUCUGACCCUAGUUAAGCUUGAUGUUGCUUCCAAAUAUCAAGAGUUGCUGAACAAGAGCAUGAGAAUUGAAGAUACUAGCUAUGGCAAUAGCAAGCAUCUUGGAUCAAUCUACAACCGCCUACAAGCCCUUGAAGGAUCAUCUCAUGCCAACUUACAAGAGAGAGAGGAGUCCAACACCCAACCACCCUCCCUUUUAUUGCAAUGCCAUCACAAGAAGAAGCACUACUCAAGUCCAUGA